CAGAAAGGGAAGCCUGACUCGUUUUUCUAGUUUGUGCAUAUCUCAAGAAGGUGGGACGUCCUCGUGUACACAGCUAAGCUCAGUGCACAUACAACUCAGCACAAGGAUUGGUUUCUGUGACUUGGAUUUAAACGCUCAAACCACACUAAAAGAUGUCUUCACCACCUCAGGUGGUCCCUAGAAGGCAUUCAGGUGUCCGAGUCAUGAUAACUCCAGGAGAGCUGCUUCCUCCUGGAGGUCUGCCCAUCUACACAGGCUCUGGCAAAGAAAAUGGGACCAGUGGAAAGACAAAUCAUACAUCUCUAUUGGAUGCAGAGAGAGAAGUGGAAAUUCUGAACCACUGCUUUGACGAUGUAGAGCGAUUCAUGGCACGCUUACAGCAGACAGCUGAGGCCCAGAGUGUUCUCAACCAAAGAAAGAAGAAGAAGAGAAGCACAAAGAGCAAAAAGAAGGACAACCAAGAUGACGACUUGUUGACCUUGAAAGCUUACCCUCCAUCAGAAGAAGAGUUUGUGGACAUCUUCCAGAAAAUAAAGUACUGCCUCAGUCUGCUGGACCGGCUCAAGUCAGUCAUCACACAGCCUGACGCACCAGAGCUGCUGCAUCCUGUCUUUGUGCCUCUAGGACUGAUUGUGAAAACCACUGGAGGACCAGCGUUAGGUGCGUCUGUAGUCAGUCCUGCAAUGACCAGUGGUGCUGUUUCACUACUCAGCAAACAUCUGACUGAAGAGGAAAAGGGGCUGUGGACAUCAUUAGGGCCCAACUGGACUUCACCCUGUUCGCAACUUAGUGUGUCUGUUCCUGCGUACUCACCUGUCUUCCUGGAUGGGUGGCAGCCUCAGGCCUAUGAUUCAAAUGGCCAACCUAGAGAAGAUCCCAUCGAGUCACAGCACAAACAAGAUGCUUUCAGGGAAAGUAGGGCAGCACAUACUCCACAGGACCAAGCUCGACAGACAGCAGAGGGCCAUGGUGAAGGCACUGAAGUAGAAGGAAAUUGGCUUCCACCAGAGGGUGAGAGACUUUACUGCUGCAGUUAUGACUUUGUGGCUCGAAACAGCAGUGAGCUCUCUGUGCUACAAGGAGAAACACUAGAGGUAAUUGAGUCAUCAAAGCGAUGGUGGAAGUGUCGGAACCGCUUUGACCAGAUAGGAUUUGUUCCCCAUAAUAUCCUGGAGCCUUUGUCUGCUUUGAAUAACACGGGGAGAGACAGCCCAGUGGUACGCAGAGAGUCAAAGAAGGCCCUUUCCCCUCGGGCAAAGUACUUCUCAUAUGCUCCACCAAGCCCAGAUGCAACCAGUCCUAUAGCUACAAGCCCGUUGCGACCACAGAGCAUGGUUUUACCAUCUACAACAAUGCAGGGAGAAGACAGUGACCGGGUGCUGAUAAUGAAUGAUGAGCUUCUUCAGCGGCUGGCUGAGAAAAGAGGCUCAAUCCGUCCUCUGGUGGUUCCCCGCACAGCUGACACUUCUACUCCCCUGAACUACCAAUCACCACCUGCUGAGGUGGAGGCCUGGCUCACCACCAAAGGCUUCAGUCAGCAGACAGUUCAGAGUCUGGGCAUUUUAACAGGAGCGCAGCUUUUUUCCCUGAAUAAGGAGGAGCUCCGCACAGUGUCCCCAGACGAAGGUGCAAGAGUUUACAGCCAAAUUAUGGUGCAGAAGGCCCUUCUCGAGGACGUGCACAAAGCCACAGAACUAGAGAAAGCGAUGGAGAGGCAAAAGCUGAGGAUUGACGAGGAAUCAGAGCAUGAUAUUGUGUAACCGAUCUAACUGGAGAUAAAUAUAAUAUUGCAGCUGGAUUCACAGAGUGAUGUUGCAGAUUGACUCAAAUGCUGUUUUAUCUCUUGUGUGCCCCAGAUUAAUCAACAAAAGCAAGCUGUGUUAAAAGUAAAGCUCACUCAUUAAUACUAGUUACUAUUUUAGAUUUUACAUUGUAAGACAGAGGAGCUUUAAACUUCAGAUUCUCCCCAGAGUUUAAAGUUAUUCUGACCGUUUGGUGUUCAUUAAUAUGUUUUACAAUUUAAAUAUUUCUAUUUUUAUGUUAUCUUUCGUUGAGUCAAUAUCUGAAACAUAAACACAAAUGCAGUAAAAUCAACAUAAUAUAAUAUACUGAUUAUUAGUCUGAUGUAUUAACAACAACAAUGGACUGAAUCUGAUUUUUAGAGCUAUAAAAAGUACAUUGUGUUAUAAAUGUUUAUGACUCCACAGAACAGUCAGAUGUUUGACUGAUUUCGAGUUUUUAUUGCUUGCACAUCAGGCUGUAUUAAAACAAUGUUGAUUGCUACAGUCAGUUGUUUUAGACCAAAUACACACAAACUGGUGUUCUAAAUAUACAAUUUCAGUCCUGACUCCUUCUAUGAUGUUCUAUGGAGACUGAAAUGCUUUCUGAUUCAGUGUUCUUCAUUGUGAUUGUACAGCAUAUCAUGACGUAAUGUACAAUACAGAAACAUAAGAGAUACAUUGCUGUCAAUAUACUGGCUCGAAUAAAACAUUAUGUGUUAUUUUUGUAUCAUAUUAUUGUAUCAUGAGUUUACUUAUUAUAGAUCAAGACAAACAAUUUUAAAAAAUCCUGUGAAGGUUUUACAUUACAUUUAAUAAUUGAGUGUAAGAUAAGACUUUUGAACUGUAUGAAGAAUUAAAGAAGCAAGGAGGUAAAUCAUCAUCAUACAGAGCUUUGAAGUACAAGACUUCGGUACAUUUUCACACUGACAG